UCAUGGUAACGCGGCCCUGUACUUUAGCGAUCCCAAUCUCUGCUGCUGUGCCCCUGGCAUUAUAGCCAGCAAUUUAUAAACAAUAUGGGGCUGGAAUCGGAACCGCUUCUCCAAGCUUGGAGUUAUUUCCGACGCAGAAAAUUCGAAUUAUGUUCGCAGGCGUGUACACGGAUUUUGGAACUGGAGCCCCGAGACCAGGCAGCCUGGAGUCUAAAAACCAGAGCUUUGACAGAGAUGGUCUAUGUAGAUGAGAUUGAACUUGACCAGGAGGGAAUAGCAGAAAUGAUGUUGGAUGACAAUUCAAUUGCCCAGGUGGCUCGCCCUGGUACUUCUUUGAAGCAACCUGUAAAUAGGAAAUAUGAUGGCCCUAGUCCAGCAAUCAGACCUGUAACACAAUCAGGAAGACCACUGACUGGGUUUGUGCGACCCAUCACACAGUCUGGUCGGCCAGGGACUAUGGAGCAGGCUAUCAGAACUCCAAGGACUGCACAUACAGCACGUCCUAUCACCAGUGCUUCUGGAAGACAUGUGCGACUUGGAACGGCUUCGAUGCUUACAAACCCUAAUGGAGCUUUUAUUAAUUUGUCCAGAUUAAACCUGGCAAAGUAUGCACAGCAACCCAAUUUGUCUAAGGCAUUGUUUGAGUACAUCCUCCACCAUGAAAAUGACGUGAAAAAUGCUUUAGAGUUAGCAGCAAUUGCCACAGAACAUGCUCAGUUCAAAGACUGGUGGUGGAAAGUACAGCUUGGGAAAUGCUAUUACAGGUUAGGUUUGCACCGAGAAGCUGAGAAACAAUUUAAAUCCGCUCUUACACAUCAGGAUAUGGUGGAUAUAUUCCUCUUUCUUGGAAAAGUAUAUAGAAGGAUGGAUCAACCAUUGACAGCUCUAACUCUUUAUAAACAAGGGUUAGACCGAUUCCCUAAAGAAGUAAACAUACUGUGUGCUGUGGCCCGAAUACAUGAGGAAAUGAAUAACAUGACCUCUGCCACAGAAUAUUACAAAGAGGUUCUCAAACAGGACAAUACUCAUGUUGAAGCCAUUGCGUGUAUUGGAAGCAACCACUUCUACACUGACCAACCAGAGAUAGCACUGCGAUUUUACAGACGGCUUCUGCAGAUGGGAGUCUAUAAUUGCCAACUUUUCAACAAUCUGGGACUUUGUUGCUUUUAUGCUCAGCAGUAUGAUAUGAUUUUGACUUCAUUUGAAAGAGCCCUUUCAUUGGCUGAAAAUGAGGAAGAAGCAGCAGACGUUUGGUAUAAUCUCGGACAUGUGGCAGUGGGUAUAGGUGACCUGAAUUUGGCAUAUCAGUGUUUCAAGCUAACUUUAGCCAAUAAUAAUGACCAUGCAGAAGCUUACAACAAUUUGGCAGUACUGGAGAUGCGCAAAAACCAUGUGGAACAGGCUAGAGCACUCCUACAGACUGCCUCUUCACUCGCACCUCACAUGUACGAACCACAUUUUAACUUUGCUUCUCUUUCUGACAAGGUCGGAGAUCUUCAGAGCAGUUAUGUAGCUGCUCAGAAGUCAGAAAAUGCUUUCCCUGACCAUGUUGAAACUAAGCAACUUAUUGAAAAGUUGAAGCAGCAUUUUGCAAUGAUUUGAUCCAAUGUUCUGUAAGAUAGAGAAUUCAUGUUAGAGUAUACCAGCC